AUGGGAACCUUCUCCAGACAGGAAGAGCUUCCACCUCUACCUCUACCAGAUCUCAAUGAAACACUUGAUAGAUAUCUCAAGUCGGCCCUGGUAUUACUCGACAAUAAUCAACGAAGGAAAACAAGGGAAAGCGUUGAACUUGAAGAAUGGUGGUACGAUGCAUACUGCGAGGCUCGGCUUCCUCUGGUGCCCUAUGUUUCGUUAGCGGCCACCAACAGCUUAUUGAACCCACUUGAUGGCUCCCAAAUUUGUCGAGCAGCUGAUGCCAUAUAUUACUGGAUGCUGUUCUGGGAGAAAAUUAGGAAGGAAACUCUAGCAGUCACAAAAAGUCGUGGAGUGGUUUGGGACAUGCAUCAGUACCACUGUCUUUUCAAUGCCUGCCGAGUACCUGAAUUAUCGAAAGAUCGACUGGAAAGAUAUUUUAAAACCGAAUCCCAAGGCGACUGCCCAUCACACGUCAUAGUGUUAUGCAGAGGAAAUGUAUGGCAGGUGGAGACACUUAGGAAUGGGCAAUUGAAGUCCCCCGACGAAUUCUACAACACGCUGCAGUAUAUUGACAAGCACUCAAAAGACUCUAAAUUCUCCAUAGCUUCGAUGACCACUGAAAACAGGGAUAAAUGGGCUCAGAUUCUUCAUGCAGCUCUCAUGGGAGAGAGUCACUAUCAAUGGGCUGACAAAUCUCUAAACAUCGUUGUUUGCAAAGAUGGUCGAGCUAUCACGCAAGGCGAACACAGUAACGUCGAUGCUAUCGUUAUUAUGCACAUUGGCGACGACGUGGCUAUUCGCUCCAGAAAAUUCGUUUGGCAGCCAAAGGAGGCCAGUUUUGAAAUGCCGAAACAUCUCGAAUUCGACCAAAAUUACGAACAUCUCAAAGCGUUCAAGGCUGCAAAUGAAAACUUCCUUACACUGCGGUCCUCCUUUCGGGUGAAAUCGGUUGUAUUCUCUGGUUAUGGCAAUAAUCUAAUGCGAAAAGUCAACCUUUAUACUGAUACCGUGAUGCAAAUUGCAUUGCAACUGGCGUUCCUGAAAACUCAUGGCAGGUUCGCACCGAUCUACGAAACCGCUUCGACACGGAAAUUCUUCCAUGGUCGAACGGAAACAGUUCGUGGAUGCACCCAUGAAAUGGUGGCUUUUGGCCGAGCUGUGAUGGAACACAAAAACAUGGCGGAUCAAAAGCGGCUUUUCAUUGCAGCAUAUGAAGCCCAUAACCAGCUGAUGGGCGAAGCUAUGAACGGCAAAGGCAUUGAUCGACACCUUUAUGGCCUGCAGAAAGCAAUGGAAUGGUUGAGAAAAGAUUGUAAGACACCAAUACCUCAACCUGCCAUCUUUACAGAUGAAGCCUAUAAGAUUUCAGGGGAUUCCAGGGACCUCACACAAUAUGUAGAGAGAAUCGAGUUUUUCAGUUUUAUUGGUUAUAUGGGGGAGAACGAUGAAAUUGGCUCAUAUGGAUACGUGACAGCUAUGCGCCCCGAUGGAUACGGUGCAUUCUACCGAAUAGGAAAAGACAGGUGCUACUUAUCUUCUUUUUCAUCAAUCUGUCAAUGA